CUUCUGUAUAACACUGCUGUUUUUUCCCAAUAAUAGGCUGCACUCAAAUGAUGCAGGCAGGACCACCACGCAUUUUAGAAAAGUCAGUCAUAGGUUGUCCUUUUGAUGUCAGCUGAUCGCCAUCCUGAGAUUGUCGCACAGUUUAAAAACACUUGAUCGACAUUGACCAACCCAUUUGCAACCCACGCAACUACCACCAUGACGGACGUUUUUAAGCUCGAUCUCGACACUCCCACCUACAAAGGAACGGUCUCUGUGAACACUGGACUAUUCAUCGAUGGCAAAUUCGUGAAUCCGGUUAAGGAUGACUCAAAGAUUGAAGUCGUGAAUCCAGCUACCGGGAAGGUUAUCACAUCUAUAUCAGCCGGAUCGGAGAAAGAUGUUGACAUCGCAGUCCAGGCUGCUCUCAAGGCGUACAAAACAUCCUGGGGUCUCAAAGUGCCAGGAACAGAACGAGGAAGAAUAUUGAAUAAACUCGCAGAUCUGAUUGAGAAAAACACGGACGAGAUUGCAGCUCUGGAGAGUUUGAAUGUUGGGAAGCCCUACUUGGUGUCGAAGCAUAUGGAUAUUCCAAAUACCGUUUCAACUUUCCGCUAUUACGCUGGAUGGGCCGAUAAGAUACAAGGGAAGACGAUAGAGACAAAUGAAAGCAAGUUUGCAUAUACCAGACACGAACCGUACGGGGUUGUGGGUCAAAUCAUCCCGUGGAACUUCUCUGCCAGCUCGUUAGCAAUAAAGCUCGCACCGGCCCUUGCCACCGGCAAUGUUUGCGUACUGAAGCCUUCGGAAGUCUCUCCAUUGACCGCUCAGAAAAUUGCGGGUCUCCUCAAUGAAGCCGGUAUUCCUCCUGGUGUCGUGAACAUCAUCAAUGGCUACGGCAAUACCGUGGGAGCAGCGAUCUCUUCUCACCUCAAGAUCGCCAAGGUCGCGUUCACGGGGAGUACCCUUACCGGAAGGAAGAUCCAGGAAGCAUCAGCGAAAUCGAAUUUAAAGGUUGUUACGUUAGAGCUCGGUGGAAAAUCGCCCAACAUCAUUUUCGAAGACGCUGAUUUCGAACAGGCUGUCAAGUGGGCUGCAAUGGGGAUCUACUUUAACUCGGGUCAGGUCUGUACCGCGGGGUCACGAAUCUUCGUUCAAGAGUCCAUCUACGACAAGUUUGUGAACGCGUUGAGGCAGGCCGCCGAGACGCGAACUACCCAAAUCGGGGAUCCAUUCGACCAGGCGACGCAACAUGGUCCUCAGGUGUCCCAGAUUCAGUUUGACCGUAUCAUGCACUAUAUCGAUUCUGCCAAAAAUGAUGGCGCCAACAUUCUUAUCGGUGGGGAUCGCCACGGAAAUGAAGGAUUCUUCAUUCAGCCUACGAUCGUCACGGAUUGCAAGCCUGAUAUGAAGAUAGUUCGAGAGGAGGUUUUCGGUCCUGUUGCUGCUGUGAUCAAGUUCAAGACUGAGGAAGAGGCCAUCGAGAUGGCUAAUGACACCUCGUACGGACUCGCUGCUGCUGUGUUUACGGAAAACAACAGUAGGGCUAUUAGAGUCGUGCAUGCGCUAGAGGCUGGAAAUACUUUCGUCAAUUGCUACAAUGCGAUUGACAUCAAUGUUCCAUUUGGGGGAUACAAACAGUCAGGAAUUGGGAGGGAGCUUGGAGAGUACGCUCUGGACACAUACACCCAAGUGAAGGCGGUACAUGUUAACUUGGGUCUCAAGCUUUGAUCUGACUUGUAGCUUGAGGACCUUGGCUUAUCUGCGGCUAAGGAUCAUGUCAGGCUAGCAGUUUGCGAAACUCGGGU